AUGGCCAAGGCGAAUAAACUUCAAGAAGAGGCUAAAGCAAAAGAGAUCGCUGAGGCAAGGAAGCUUCAAGAAGAAGAAGCUAAAACAAAAGAGAAGCUUAAGGAGAGGAAGCUUGUGGAAGAAGCAACACUAGAGAAGAAGAGGAUUCAGGAGAAAAAGUUUGUUGAUGAAUAUGGAGGAAAAGAGAAGAUACUAAAGCCAGAAGAGUGGAAACUUCCAGAAGUUGUUUAUCCGAAACCCGGGCUCGGGACUGGGACCAAAUCCGGGUCUGAGAAAGUUGGCGAAGUGGUGAAAGCAGCAGAAGAGAAACUAGGUUACGUGGAGGAAAGAGAUGACAAGUGA